CUGUUACAGAUGGCAGCGAUCAGAUCAAGCCAUCGAUCAUGCUAGAAACUUUACGCAGUCUGCCUAUUCUUAGUGGCAUAACCUUCCACUCCUAAACAGCGCCUUCACUUUCUCAUCUCCCUAUCCUUCUCUCACAAAAUGAAUCCCCUUCCAAACCCUGAUCGUUACCCUCUUCUCAAUUUCAUUUUAUCCCAACUAAAUCCUAAUUCCCAUCCACCACUCCCACCAGAAACUAGUAUUUAUUUGACCUCAAAGUAUCCUCAUUUGAAUAAUCCUAAACUUCUCACUUCACUUAUACAAGCCCUUCCCCACCAAGUUACCCAGACCAACUUCCUCAUCGAUUCCCUUGGACCUCGACCCGACUCGUACACCGUCUCUAUUGCCCGAUCCAAGAUUGCCCAGAUCCAUGCAACGGCUUCGUCGUCACCGGACGUUGAGGUGUACAAGGCGGUUGUGAGAUUGGAGGAGAUGCAUGAAGAGUACGGGACUAAAUUGAGAGAAGCGGAGGAGAUGCUGGAUCGGGUUUACGGGUCGGUAGUGGGCGAGUUGGAAGAUGUGGAUGGGGACGUGGUGAAGAUACUGAGGGAAGCGAAGAGCGGUGUUGUUGUGGAGAGAAUUGAGCUCGUUGAACGUCAGUUGAGGUUUUUGCCUGAGGAUUUUGGAAAGCUUCAUGGGUUGCUUGUGCUUAAUCUUUCUCGCAAUGAAUUGAAGGUCAUUCCUGACUCGAUAGCUGGAUUAAAGAAACUUGAAGAGCUUGACGUUUCUUCCAACCUGCUAGAAUCGCUGCCCGACUCUAUUGGAUUGUUGCUUAGUUUGAAGGUCCUCAAUGUGUCAGGAAACAAGCUAAAUAACCUUCCUGAAAGCAUUGCCGGCUGCAGUUCACUAGUGGAGUUAGAUGCAAGCUUCAACAAUUUGGCAUUCUUGCCUGCAAAUAUGGGAUAUGGACUACUGAAUCUUGAGAGGUUCUCAAUUCAGUUGAAUAAGAUCCGCUUUCUUCCCCUAUCUAUUUGUGAAAUGAGGUCUCUGAAAUACCUGGAUGUUCAUUUCAAUGAGCUUCAUGGCCUGCCACAUGUAAUUGGGAGAUUGACAAAUCUCGAAGUUGUGAACCUGGGCAGUAAUUUUAGUGACUUGACGGAGCUUCCUGAAACUCUUGGUGAUCUAAUCAACCUCAGGGAGUUCGAUGUCAGCAAUAACCAAAUACGAGCUCUUCCUGACACAUUUUUCAGGCUUGAAAAUCUUACCAAGCUCAACCUGGAACAGAAUCCACUCGUUACUCCCCCAACAGACAUUGUGAAUAAAGGAGUUGAGGCUGUCAAGGAUUUUAUGGCAAAGAGGUGGCUUGAUCUUUUAGCCGAGGCACACCAGACAAGCACGCAUGAAGCGAACAAGCAGCAACAAGAUCAGACUGGAUGGCUGUCAUGGGGAACUUCCCUGAUGACCAACUUUGUUUCGGGAGUUUCUAGUGUUGGAGGAUAUCUGGGAGGAGGAAAUGCUUCAAGCGAUCCGUAUUUGGAUCAGCAGUUAUGAUUUUGAAGUACUAAAAUUAAAUCACAACUACGAAAAUUGUCACACGUACCAUUGAUGAGAUGGCUUUUGGCCCCUAUAUACUGUUUGGAGCUAAUAAAUCCUGACCAGUAUGGGUUGUGAGAGUCUUUAAAGGUGGCUCAUUACUUGUAAUUUAGGCACAGAAAUUGGAGUCUUUUAGCAGAUUAACAAACUGUCUCAUUUUGAGAAAGUACAGGGUAUCAGGGCGUUAGAUGUUGUACCGCAAGUUGAUGCAUGCCAUACAUGUUAAAUUAUUAUUAAUUUAUUAAUUAAGAGAGAAAAUUUACAAGUAA